AUGUCCCAAUCCGAUCAACCCAAAGGCAAAGAAAAUGCCGAAAAGGAGGUAGCGCCCCCCAUUGAAGCCGAGGCCGAGCUCCAGGCUGAGGGCGAGAUCGAUCAAGGCCUAGACGCCUUGGUUACCCUUACGAUCAAGCUUCCCAACGAGCCCCGUCAGAUGCAAAUUACGGUGUCCCCACAAGAGCAGGUUCACGAAGUUCGACAGUCCAUCAUCGACCUCCCUGUGGCAUUCCAGUACACUUGCUUCCACCUGGAGCACCGCGGCCAACGCAUCAAUGACUUCCUCCCGAUAUCCGAGAUCGAAGGCCUUGUCGAAAGCCCUGAAGUCACAUUGGUCGAAGACCCAUACACGGAGAAGGAGGCCCGUAUACACCUAGUGAGAAUCAGAGAGCUCAUUGGUGCCGCUGGAGACCGCACCGACGCUGUCCAGGGCAUUCUCCCCGGUCUCUCUCUGCUUGAUAGUGUCUUGCCUCCAUCCGAGGAACAAGCCAACGGAGGGCAGACGGAGGUUGCCAAAGAGACAAAGGAGGAUUACAGCUUUGGGACCCCGGUUCCAAUCUCAACUUUGUUGCCUCCCGUCGAGGAGGAAGAGGCACCCAAGACGGUCAAGACCAUUACUCUUUCCCCGUGGAACCCGCCGCCGCCUCACCUCAAGCAGAAGGGUCAUCUCUUGUACCUACUUGCUACUACUAACGAGGGUGAGCAACACCAAAUCACAGCCCAUGUUGGGGGGUUCUUCAUCAACAAGUCCUCCAAUGCCAAGUUCGAUCCUUUCCCUCGCCCUGCACCCAAAGCCGCUUCGAACCACUCCCUGCUCGGGCUCCUCGACCAGAUCUCGCCGUCUUUCUCGGCAUCCUUCCUCAAGCUCCAGGAGUUCAACAACCGCAAGGACCCGCUGGCGACUUUCCAAAUCACCAACGCGAUACCCUCUGCGCCAUGGAUCGUGCCGUCAUCCAACUCUCCCCUCUCCGCUCACACCCCUGACUGGACACGUUCCCAGGAGACGUAUCUCAUUGCAGGCGCCGACAACACCGACACACUGAGAGACUGGAACGAAGAGUUCCAAUCCGCGAGGGAGCUUCCCAGUGAGACUGUGCAGGACCGAGUUUUCCGUGAGCGUCUCAUGUCCAAGCUCUUCGCUGACUACAACGACGCGGCCACUCGUGGUGCUGUGCUCGUUGCCCGUGGCGAAAUCCCUCCGCUGAACCCUACGGAAUGCAAAGAUGCCCAGAUUUUCGUUUACAACAACAUCUUCUUCUCUUUUGGUGCUGAUGGCGUGAAAACCUUCACUUCUGAGGGAGGCGACGAGGCAGCUCGUGUUGCCACUGGCAAGGACGUCGCAGGAGUGAGGCUAGUGAAUCAGCUUGACAUUGAUGGUCUCUUCACCCCUGCUACGGUUGUUAUUGACUAUCUUGGUAAGCGUAUUGUUGGCCAAAGUAUCGUCCCAGGAAUCUUCAAGCAGAGGGAGCCUGGCGAAAAUCAGAUCGACUAUGGUGCCGUGGAUGGCAAAGAGAACGUUGCGGCGGACGAGCGAUUUGCCGACGUUUUCUCCAAGCUGUCUCAGGCUAUCAAGGUCAAGAAGCAUGCUGUCUGGGACAAGGAUGGCAAACGAUUCGAUCUCGAAGCCAGCGUGGAGACCAAGGGCUUGUUGGGAACCGACGGACGCAAAUACGUGCUCGACCUGUACCGUGUGACGCCACUGGAUAUUGACUGGCUCGAGGAGGAAGGUGAUGUCGAGUACCCCCACCGUAUGGCCGUCCUUCGUCCGGAGCUGAUUGACUCAUACGGGCGGAAGAAGAUGAAGGCCUGGGUUGACGAGGAGCUGGCACGCCGUGGGCAGAACACCAAGACUGCGACUGACGAAACUACGGCUGAGCCCAAGAAGAGCAAGGAUGCCUCCACGAAGGAAGAAGACAGCGAUGACAGUGACGAAAGCGACGACAGCGAGGAGAGUGAGAGUGAGAGCGGAAGUGAGAGCGAGAGCGAAGAAGAGUCGGAGGUCAACAAAAAGGAGGUCAAGGCGGAGAAGCCGAAGACAAAGGAGGCGGAGACACCGAAGGAGUCGACAGAUUCGAAAGAUCACAUCGACCUUUCUAAAUUCGCAUUUUCGCUCAACCCCGAUGUCUUCAGCGGUCAGGUCCCCCAGACUGAUGCCGAGAAGGAGGAGAUGAAGAAAGACGAGGAGGAUGUUCGUCUUGCAUCCAAGUACCUUCGCGACCAGGUCAUUCCCGACCUCGUUCGUGAGCUUACCGAUUGCGACAUCAGCUUCCCCAUGGAUGGCCAGUCCCUGGGUCGUCUCUUGCACAAGAGAGGCAUCAACAUCAGGUACACUGGAAAGGUGGCACAGCUCGCUUCUGAACCUCGCCUGCAGUGCCUGAAGGAUAUUUGUAUCCAGGACAUGGUCGCUCGUUCCUUCAAGCAUGUCGCCUCAAACUACCUCAGACACCUGCCGGCACCUUUCUCAUCAGCCUGCAUCUCCCAUCUUCUUAACUGCCUCUUGGGUUACAAACUGAGUCCCAAGCCGGCGGCCGAAUCUGACGCAGUCCUGAAGUCGCUGUACACUGAUGCCGAUCUAUCCUUCGAGAAGGUCACCCCAGAGUCCCUCCACGAAAGCAUCUCCCAGGAGACCUUGAAGAGAUACCGGUACAAGCUCGAUGCCGACUUCUACAACAACCUUAAGCCUCUGCAGGUGCUUCGUGAGAUCUCCCUCAAGCUUGGUUUCCAGCUGCAAGCAAAGGAGUACAACUUCACAGACAAGCCGGUUGAGCAGGCUCCUGCGACCAACGGUACCCCUGCGACCAAUGGACAGACCAACGGGGAGGGAAACAAGAAGAAGAAGAACAAGAAAGCGGCAACCAAAGAAGCGGCUACCCCAGCCCCGGCCCCUGCUCCCAACACUACAUUCACAGCAGACGAUAUUGUCAACGUUGUGCCUAUCGUAAAGCACUCCUGUCCCCGCAGCACUCUUGCGGAGGAAGCUCUGGAGGCCGGCCGCAUCUCUAUCAUGCAAAACCAGCGCAAGCUUGGCCAGGAGCUUCUUCUCGAGUCUUUGUCUCUACACGAGCAGAUUUACGGUAUCCUUCAUCCCGAAGUCGCCCGCGUCUACAACACCUUGUCUAUGCUGUAUUACCAGUUGGAUGAGAAGGAAGCAGCCGUUGAGCUCGCCAAGAAGGCCAUUGUUGUCUCCGAGAGGACUGUCGGUGUUGACUCUGCCGAGACCCUGCUCAACUACCUCAAUCUCAGCUUGUUCCUCCACCAAGCUGGCGACAGCAACGGUGCGCUCAUCUAUGCUAAGCACGCGCUGAAGCUGUGGAAGAUUAUCUAUGGCGCCGACCACCCCGACUCCAUCACAACCAUCAACAACGGCGCUGUCAUGCUUCAGCACCUCAAGGCGUACCACGAGUCCCGUCUGUGGUUCGAAGAGUCCCUCCGCAUCUGCGAGAGUGUCUUCGGCAAGAACUCGAUCAACGCCGCCACCCUUCUGUUCCAACUUGCUCAGGCUUUGGCUCUGGACCAAGACUCUAAGGGAGCCGUCAGCCGCAUGCGCGAGUCCUACAACAUCUUCCUCGGCGAGCUUGGACCCGAAGACAAGAACACCAAGGAGGCCGAGAGCUGGCUCGAGCAGCUUACGCAGAACGCCGUUUCCAUUGCGAAGCACCAGAAGGAUGCGCAGGCUCGUCGCUUGCGCGCAGGCAUUCGCUUUACUCCUAAGGGUGCGCCCUACCAGGCUUCCGCUACUGCUCCCAGCGUGUCCGCCGGACCGAGCAGCAGCUCGCAGUUGGGCAACCCUUCAGGCAUGGAUUCGCGCAGCAUCGAUGAGUUGAUCAAGUUUAUCGAGGGCACUGACCAAAGCAAGACUUCCAAGGGAAGACCGAGCCGAGGCAACCCCAAGAGGAGGGGCAAGUCUUCGAAGUAA